ACCUCAUUCUUUUACAAAAAUGUUAUUGUGAUAAACACACGUGUCGAAGUUCUUAACUUAGAAACAGCCGUAAAUAUAUGAUCGUUUUACUAAAAAUAAACACAAAUAUGGCUACAGGAUCUGAAGAGAAUAUAGAUUUAGAUAAUUAUGAACCAGCUACGGUUAAAAAGGCUGCUACAAAGAGGAAUUUGGAUACUUCACAGUCCAUGGAAACAGAUACGUAUAAUGGAAUUGAAGGAACAAAUACACAAAAUCCACCAAAUACAAAACGAUCAAAACAAAAUGUAGAAACAAGUAAAAAGGAAAUGCGAAAAAUAUCUGUACCUGCACAUCGUUACACACCAUUGAAAGAAAAUUGGCUACAAAUAUUUACACCUAUUGUCGAACAUUUACAAUUACAAUGUCGUUUCAACUUAAAAACACGUAAUGUAGAAAUUCGAACAUGCAACGAAACAAGCGAUAUUGCAAACUUACAAAAAGCUGCAGAUUUUGUCAAAGCAUUUAUCUAUGGAUUUGAAGUAAAUGAUGCGCUAGCAUUAUUACGAUUAGACGAUUUAUUUGUUGAAUCAUUUGAAAUAAAGGAUGUGAAAACGUUAAAAGGCGAUCAUCAGUCAAGAGCCAUUGGACGAUUAGCUGGUAAAGGUGGUCGUACAAAAUUCACGAUUGAGAAUGCUACGAAAACACGAAUUAUUUUAGCUGAUAGUAAAGUACAUAUAUUAGGAUCAUUUCAAAAUAUUGCAUUGGCACGAAGGGCAAUUUGUAAUUUAAUAUUGGGUGCACCACCAUCCAAAGUUUAUGGACAAUUAAGAAAUGUCGUGAAUAGCGUUUCUGAUCGAGUUUAAAUUGAAAAUUAAUUGUAUAUUUAUUAAUAAACUAA